AUGACCUCCCUCACCCUCCGCACGGGUCCCCAGUCCCCGAAUCGCACGACCUCAUCCUACUCAGGCUUCGCCCUGCCCUCCUCCCCCUCCUCGGGCGCGCCCUCCGACGCAGACGGCAAUGACGACGACGGCGACGACACGCCGCUGCCCUUCCCCACCGCCCUCUCCCGCCGCGACUUCCUGGCGCCCGACUUCCGCGCCGCCGAGUUCCUCUCCUCGCUCUUCCCCUCGGGCAGCGACACGACCGCCGCCCACCGGCACCAGACGCUCGAGGACCUGCGCGCCGAGCUGCGCGACCGCGGCGCCGCCAUCGGCGCCGAGCUGCUCGAGCUCGUCAACGCCAACUACACGAGCUUCCUGGGCCUCGGGGACGAGCUCAAGGGCGGCGAGGACCGCGUCGAGGACGUGCGCGUCGCGCUGCUCGGCUUCCGCCGCGGCGUCGAGGACGUGCAGGCCCGGGUCCGCGCCCGCAGGGUCGAGGUCGCCGAGGCCUGCCGCGAGCUGGCCGGCGUGCGGGCGGCCGUGGAGCUCGGGCGGCGGAUGCUAGAGCUCGACGAGCGGGUGGGCCUGCUCGAGGGCCGGCUGGCGUUGGCGAGCUUGCCGUCCAACAAGGAGGUGAACAAGAAGGGUGGCGAAGACGGAGGCAGUGGUGUUAAUGGCGGGUUUGAUGUGGAGGAGAGUGACGAUGAUGACGAGGAGGAUGAGGAAGGGCAGGAUAUGCCUGAUGGUGUGAAUGGGCACAAGAUGUUUGUGGCGAGCAGCCCGACCAAGUUGCUCGAUCUGGCAAAGGAUUUGAUGCUGGCUGAGCAGCUGGUCGAUAGCAUUGGACGGGAUGUCCCGUUUGUCAAGAAGAUGCAGGAGAGACUGAUACGGUGCCGGAAUACCAUACUGCUGGACCUCAAGACGGCAGUCAAGGAAGCAAAGUCUGCUGCUGGAACGGCAGGCCAGACAAGGACGCUCAAACUGCUUGCCAUCUAUCGGCUGAUCAACGCCGAGGCAGAGGCGGUUCAAGUCUUGCGAGAAAAGUAA